AUGAAGGCUGUCAACAUUCUACCAUGGGCUUCCCUCCUGGCGGCAGCCCAAGCAGCCGUCGUUGAACGGGAUACACCUGGGUUUGGCACGGGUCAACCAAUUGACGGGAACGGCAAGGGAGCGCCAAUUCUAGGCGGAACCAAUAAGGCUCUCGAUCUACAGAACCCAGACAACCUCGGUCAGCAAAGCACUGACAAUGGGGUUGUCCCCAACCUCAAAUGGAGUUUCUCAGACUCCAAGACCAGAAUCCUUAGAGGUGGUUGGGUACGAGAGCAGGUCGUGACUGAUUUGCCGUCAAGCCACGACAUUUCGGCCGCUCAACAGCAUCUGACCAAGGGAUCUAUUCGAGAGCUUCAUUGGCACAAAGUGGCUGAGUGGGGCUAUGUGUAUGCUGGAUCUGUACUCGUCUCUGCCGUCGAUGAGAAUGGCCAGUAUCAGGUAUCCAAACUCGGAGUCGGAGAUAUCUGGUACUUCCCCAAGGGCGAAGCGCAUACCGUUCAGGGUCUUGAAGAUGAGAACGAAUUCCUUCUGGUAUUUGAUGAGACCAACUUCGACGCUGUCGGAACUACAUUCAACAUUGACGAUUGGCUUGCGCACACCCCCAAGUCUGUCAUUGCCAAGAGUCUAGGAGUCAACGAAACAGUUCUUGGCUCUCUACCUACGACGAACCCAUACAUCCUGAAUAGUACCAUUGAUAAUCACGAGGUCACUGGGCCAAACGGCGAACUUUCUGGCAACAACUCAUAUGUCUACUUUGCAAAAGACCAUCCUCUAGAGAAGGUUCCCGGUGGUGGAGGUACCUUUCGAAUUGUUGACACCACUACAUUUCCCAUUUCAAAGACUAUUGCGGCUGCGAUCGUGACUCUGAAACCUGGCGGUCUCAGAGAGCUGCACUGGCAUCCAAAUGCUGAAGAAUGGCUUUACUUCCACCAAGGCAAGGGACGCGCCACCGCUUUUAUCGGAAAUGGAAACGCCCGGACUUUUGAUUUCUCAGCGGGUGAUACUGGUGUCUUUCCUGACAAUAGCGGUCAUUAUAUUGAGAACAUCUCCGAGACCGAGGACCUAGUCUGGAUUGAGAUCUACAAGUCCGACCGUGUCAAAGAUAUCAGUCUCGGGCAGUGGCUCGCUUUGACGCCAUCCGGCAUUGUUGCAAGCGUGUUGAAGAUUCCGGUCGAGACGGCUGAGAGAUUGAAGAAGGAGAAGCAGAUUCUCAUUGCAUGA